AUGAACCAAAAAGUGAAAAAAGCAGAUAGCAAUCUCUCUACAGUGAUGCAGUUUGUAUUGCUUGGAUUUUCUGAAAUUUCAGAUCUCCAAGGGUUUCUAUUUGGAGUGUUCUCCAUCAUUUACAUGAUUAUUGUAACUGGAAAUAGCCUCAUAAUAAUCUUAACCAGACUUGAUCCUGCAUUACAGAAACCCAUGUAUUUUUUCCUGGCCAAUUUUUCCUUUUUGGAAAUCUGUUACGUGUCUGUCACUCUCCCCAGGAUUCUGGUGAAUCUUUGGACUCAGGGUAGAAGCAUUUCCUUGGUGGCAUGUGCCACUCAAAUGUGUUUCUUUCUUGUACUGGGGACCACUGAAUGUUUCCUCCUGGCUGUGAUGGCUUAUGACCGCUAUGUGGCCAUUUGUAACCCUCUGCACUAUCCUCUAGUCAUGAACCAAAUGAUGUGUGUUCAGCUAGUAGUUGGCUCCUGGAUUAUUGGAAUCCCACUCCAGGUAGGCCUAACUGCUCAAGUGUUCUCUCUGCAUUUUUGCAAUUCAAAUCAAAUCAACCAUUACUUCUGUGACAUCCCUCCUAUUAUCAAGCUGGCCUGUGAGGACACUGCUCUUCAUGAGAUAUUUGUCUAUAUAGUAGCAAUGCUGUUUGCUGCAAUGCCUUUUAUGUGGAUACUCGUCUCCUACAGCAAAAUCAUUUCCACUAUUCUGAAGAUUCCAACAGCCUCAGGAAGGGCUAAAGGGUUUUCUACAUGUUCUUCUCACCUGCUGGUUGUGGUUUUAUUCUUUGUGUCUGCUACUAUCACCUAUUUAAGACCCAAGUCUAGUCAUUCUGCAGGAAUGGACAAGUUGCUCUCUCUUUUCUACACCAUUGUGACUCCGAUGUUCAAUCCCAUGAUUUACAGUCUUAGAAAUAAAGAUGUUCUUGCUGCACUGAGAAAAUUACUGCUUAAAAAGUAA